AUGGGAAUCCAGGCUGGGAGGAGCACGUCAACAGGUGGGAGUGCGGGAAUAUCUGGGAAUAUCUGGGAAUGUGGGAAUGGGAAUCCAGACUGGGAGGAGCACGUCAACAGGACGGGCUGGAGCAUGGCUCAGAACAAGCUGUUCAACAAGAUCCACAAAGCUCUGCAGUCGGACCGGCUGGCCCGGCUGGCCAACGAGGGGGCCUGCAACGAGCCGGUGCUGCGCCGGAUCGCGGUGGAUAAAUGCGCCCGCCGCGUGCGCCAGGCCCUGGCCAGCGUCAACUGGGACACCAAACUCAUCCAGUGGCUCCACACCACGCUGGUGGAGACCCUCAGCCUGCCCGUGCUGGCUGCUUACCUGGACGCCCUGCAGACCCUGAAAGGAAAGAUUCCCGCGUUGAUCGAUAGGAUGUUGGUGUCCUCCACGGCCAAGACGGGAGCGGCGGGGGCUGAGGCGCUGUCACUGCUGCUCAAGAGGCCCUGGGACCCGGCUGUGGGUGUUCUGUCCCAUAAUAAACCUAGCAAACUGCCGGGCUCGCCGCUGAUCCUCAUCGCGUCCUCCGGCCCCGCCAGCUCCGUGUUCCCCACGUCCCGACGGCAGCGCUUCUGGCAGUCGCAGCUCUCCUGCCUGGGGAAG